AUGUCGGCGCCGUGCCUGCGCCUGCCCGCCGCCGGGUCAGCACCGGCGGAGGCGGACAGCGCCGGCGGCAUGGAGCCGCCCGGGGCCGCCGCCCUGGAGCUGGCCCUGGAGGAGGAGCUGGCGCUGCUGGCCGCCGCCGGGGAGCCGCCGGAGCCGCCGCCCGCCGCCGCCGCCCGCGAUCCCGAGCUGCUCUCGCUGAUCCGGCAGAAGGAGAAGGACCUGGUGCUGGCGGCGCGGCUGGGCAAGGCGCUGCUGGAGCGCAACCAGGACAUGAGCCGGCAGUACGAGAGGAUGCACAAGGAGCUCACCGACAAGCUGGAGCACCUGGAACAAGAGAAACACGAAUUGCGGCGGCGAUUUGAGAACAAGGAGGGAGAGUGGGAAGGAAGGGUGUCUGAGCUGGAGAGUGACGUGAAGCAGCUGCAGGACGAGCUGGAGAAGCAGCAGGUCCACCUGCGCGAAGCCGACCGGGAGAAGACGCGCGCUGUCCAGGAACUCUCCGAGCAGAACCAAAGACUCCUGGACCAGCUCAGCAGGGCAUCGGAGGUGGAGCGGCAGCUCUCCCUGCAGGUCCACACCCUCCGGGAGGACUUCCGGGAGAAGAAUUCCUCCAGCAGCCAACACAUCGUGCGGCUGGAGAGCCUCCAGGCCGAGCAAGUCCUUGAAAUCAAAAUGCUGACAGACAGGAAGCGGGAGCUGGAGCAUCGCCUCAGUGCCAUGAUGGAGGAGAACGACCUGCUCCAGGGAACCGUGGAGGAGCUGCAGGACCGAGUCCUCAUCUUGGAGAGACAAAGCCAUGACAAGGACCUGCAGCUGCACCAAAGCCAGUUGGAGCUCCAGGAGGUGAGGCUGUCCUACCGGCAGCUGCAGGGCAAGGUGGAGGAGCUCAGCGAGGAGAAAAGUCUCCAAAACCUCAACACAACCAGCACAUCCCUGCUCUCUGAGAUAGAGCAGAGCAUGGAGGCAGAGGAGCUGGAGCAAGAACGAGAACAGCUGAGGCUGCAGCUCUGGGAGGCGUACUGCCAAGUGCGGUACCUGUGCUCCCACCUGCGAGGCAACGACAGCGCCGACUCGGCCGUGUCCACUGACUCCUCCAUGGACGAGUCCUCAGAAACCUCAUCAGCCAAAGACGUCCCAGCCGGGAGCCUGCGGGCAGCUCUCAGUGAGCUCAAGAGACUGAUACAAAACGUGCUGGAUGGGGCAGACUCCACGAGCUCUCGGCGAAGCGACGAUGACACCUUAGAGGAACAGAUCAGGAGAACGAGUGAGGAUUCGCGAGCCCUGAGGGAAUUAAUGGAGGGAGAACGGGGGAAACUGAGGCAGAGUUUGGAGGAGCUGCAGCGACUGCACAGCCAGGUGACGCUGCUGAGUGUGGAGAUGACGACGCUGAAGGAGGAGCGGGACCGGCUGCGCGGCGCUGCCGAGGACAAGGAGGCGAGCGAACGGCUCCUGCAGGCCAUCAGGGACCGCGACGAGGCCAUCGCCAAGAAGAAUGCAGUGGAGGUGGAGCUGACCAAGUGCAAGAUCGACAUGAUGUCCCUCAACAGCCAACUCCUGGAUGCCAUCCAGCAGAAGGUGAACCUCUCGCAGCAGCUGGAGGCCUGGCAGGAUGACAUGCACAGGGUCAUUGACCAGCAGCUGAUGGACAAACACCCGAAGGAAUGGAGCCAGCUUGCUUAUUCCUUCUCCAGUGGCUCCGGCGCCAAGCGGAGUGCCAGGCCCUCCCCCGCGCUCAGGCCGGAGCAGCAGGGGGACGAGCCCGGCGGGGCUGAAGGAAACCGUCUCUUCUCCUUUUUCAAGAAAAAUUAAUUUGAAAAAGAGAAAAUUCUCCAGCCAUUCCUGCUUCAAGAUGGGGAGUGGGGCAGCUGCCCAGCUUGCUGAUGGACCCAGUCUGAUCCAUUGAGUAAAAAAGAAGGGGGCAAAGGAGUUAACCCUUGAGACUCUGCACUAUUUACACCGCACCUGGUCUGAACCAAAUGUUUACAUGAAUUGGAGAUUUGCAAAUUGACAAUGUGAUUCUAGUAGAAAGAAACUUUUCUUACCCUGUGAGUGAAGUGAUAAACUUCAGGGUAUAUUGUAGGCGCUUUGACACAGUCCAGUUUCUGCUGUGAAGAAUCCUCUGAUUGUCUUAAAAGCAUUCUUGUGCUGGAGAAGGAAAUAAGCAGCCCCAAGACAGAGCGGUGCAGGGGAUUAAGAACUGCUGUCACAGUGAGCACAGGGGGAAGAAGAGGGCUGAAUGCAAGACGACAGAGGGGAGCCAUUUGUACCACCCUGGCAGCUGCGACAUCCUUCAUCCAUCCCACUGAGACUGGAGUCACUCUGGCCCCAGCAGUACCAUGUUUUGACAAAUGUAGCUUUCUCUGUGGUGGAAGUUGAGUCCUCACUGCAGAUCCUGCCUGGGCACCAUCUCCCCUGGAGCUCUGCGUGGCUGUUCACCCUCGCUGGGAUCCAGGCUCCUCGCAGCUCAGGGCAGGGGACAGAUAGGUGGUGUCACUGUCCUCUCCAGCUCCUUUCUGUUACAGAGGUAAGAGUUGCAGGCUGUAGCUACACAGAUUUCUCCCUGACCAUGGAGACUGACCAUCUACAAGAGAUUACAGACUGGAUAAAAGUUGUGCAUGUUCAGUCCUGGGGCAUCUGCUGUUCCUCCAGUGGCCAAAAGUAGUUUGGGAGCUUCAACAAGUCACACGCCUCUCCCCAAAGCCAUACACAUCUCCCAAACAGAGAAAACUCAUUUUAACUGGAUAGACCCCCAAAAGCCUAACUAAUAAUUCACUGAAAGCCUACUCCCAAUGAUGUCAGUCAGUCUUUGACACUGGGUUGGCAGACUGGAUCCUCAGAAAGCACACUGGCAUCUGCCUUCACUGAAGCCAAAGGCCAUCAGGGUGUUACAAAGCUCUGGAAAGCCUGCAGGUUACUCUGCCCUAUGCAGUAACAUUGGCUAUGGCCUGACAGAAAGGAGUGUUUGUCCCUGUCUGUGGGUCAGUUGCUACUCAGCCCUUUGGUGAGCAGGUAGCCAAAGGUCCUUUUGAUCAAAGAUGACCAGAGCCUGCUUUGCACGACUUGAUGAACAAGAAGGAAGGUGGCUUUUUUCGUGUAUGCACACAGCAGUGCUGGAAAUCCUGCAAUACUCAAGUAGGGACCUUCCCUCCUCACUGGAUGGGCACUUUACAGCUCUUCUCCUUUGUCAGUCUACCAUCAUAAGCCAGUGAGGAGCACCAGGCUCAGUUCAGAGAUGUCCUGCUGCUGUCAUGCAAUUUUCACACAUUCUCCCAGCUCAUGAUACCCACGGGCCCCAGUUUGUUUUCUGCUGCUCUAAAGAGGCCACCACCUACACUGUCCCACAGCAGACAGAGCUGGGUGCACCUUCAGCUCUGCCCUGCUCAGCAACUUUGGUGCUAACACACCAUCCCACGGGGAGCUGCUGUCUCUGCUCACUACUUACAGGAACAAGCUUUCUGCUAGAAUAGGUACCAAACUCCUUCUGAACAGCAGAUAAGAGGCUGGUGGCUUGGGUUUUAGUAUUAUUAAGCUUACCUGUGGGAUAGAACAUCCAUAAUACCUCAGUACAAAUAUCCUUUCUGCCUAGGAAGAUUUGAGCAUUCCCGUGUUUCCUUAUUAGCAUGAAACCACCACACUGGUAUGAAAUCAUCUUGCACUAAGCACAGGGUUGCAAGGAGCAGAGUCCUCUGAGAUUUGCAAUGAUAGUGAAGAGCUGGGUGGUAAAACCCAUCUACAUGAAAGCAAUGAACCCUGGAGUGCAGAGCCUGCUUCGGGAAAUACUUGGGCAAAGCCCCACCAAAAACAGCUUGGGGAAAGGAAUCAGGAACCUCACAGGCAGGGAAGGAAACUGAACCUUGGCCUCUCCAUUCUAAGCAAUGCUCAGCUGUUGAGUAUCUGCUUGUAGCCACUUGUGCGAGGGGAAGGGCUGCAGUGCAGUGCUCAGUCCUCAUCCUCCCAUCCUGCCUGUGCUGUGACUCUGGAUGGGGCAGGGACACCAGGCACAUGCUCAGCACCUCCUGCUGCCAGGACUGUCACACCCACAUGCGUUACCCCAAGUGCUGAUACUGCAGAACCAGGCGUGGCUGCGUGGAUGCCAGUGGCACCUGUGACACAGUGACACCUGUGACACAGUGACACCUGUGACACAGUGACACCUGUGAACACUGAAAACAAUGCUCUAUCAGGAGAGCCACGUGAACAUCUCGGUCCUCGGGGACCUUUCUUCUGCUGUCAGUUGUCAUUUCCCAGACCCCACCAACUCUAUUCAAGCCACGUGCCCAGCAGUUGUGUGGGACUCUACCCCAGUGAGGGAGGAUGGAUGGAUGGAUGGAUGAUGGAUGGAUGAUGGAUGGAUGGAUGGAUGGAUGGAUGGAUGGAUGGAUGA